AUGACACCACCAAUUAGCAGAGAUAGAGCAAAGCUGUCUCAUUUUCUUCUCUGUUUCUUCUUUGUAUCUUGCUUGGCUUCAAUAUUUAUAUCAAAUGGAGAGGUAGAAUUAGAGCCUGUUGGUUAUGGUUACAAAGUUGUGUCAGCUAGAGUUGAUCCCUCUGGAAGUUUUUUGACAGCUGAUCUUCAGCUCAUCAAGAAUUCCUCUACUUUUGGUCCCGACAUUCAGAAUCUCAACUUUCUUGCCAGCUUUGACACAAAAGAUCGUUUGAGAAUUCGGAUAACAGAUGCCAAUCAUCAAAGAUGGGAAAUCCCUGGAGACAUAAUUCCACGCCCAAAACAUAACCUCAGCUUUGGACAAAACAAUGCCAAGUCUUCACUGGCAAAUCAAAUCCUUUCAGACCCCAAUUCUGACCUCAUCUUCACCCUCCAAAACACUACUCCCUUUGGCUUCUCUGUGUCCCGGCAUUCCUCCGGUGAUGUCCUUUUUGACGCAUCCCCAGACAUAUCAGAUUCCGAGACCUUUCUUGUUUUCAAGGACCAAUAUAUCCAGCUCUCUUUUUCGCUUCCAAAAGAUAGGUCUUCUCUUUAUGGCCUUGGAGAGCAUACAAAGAAGUCCUUUAAGUUGGAACCUGAUAAGACACCACUCACUCUGUGGAAUGCUGACAUUCUUAGUGCUAUUCCUGAUGUUAACCUUUAUGGAUCCCAUCCCUUUUACAUUGAUGUGAGAUCACCAUCUCCUGAUGGUAAAGUUAUAGCAGGGACUACGCAUGGUGUUUUGUUGCUUAAUAGCAAUGGAAUGGACAUAAUUUAUGAAGGUGAUAGGAUCACUUAUAAGGUUAUCGGUGGAGUCAUUGAUGUGUACAUCUUUGCCGGGCCAUUGCCUGAGUUAGUAGUACAGCAAUAUACCGAGCUCAUUGGCCGACCUGCUCCUAUGCCAUAUUGGUCCUUUGGAUGUCAUCAGUGUCGAUGGGGUUACAAAAAUGUUUCUGACGUCGAAGGCGUAGUUGCUGGCUAUGCAAAAGCUGGUAUCCCUCUUGAAGUUAUGUGGACAGACAUCGAUUACAUGGAUGGAUUUAAGGAUUUCACUCUUGAUCCUGUGAACUUCCCGUUGGAAAAGAUGAAGAAAUUUGUCGGUACCCUUCACCAAAAUGGUCAGAAAUAUGUGCUUAUCUUGGAUCCUGGUAUCAGUGUGAACGCAACAUAUGCAACUUACAUUAGAGGGAUGAAGGCUGAUGUUUUCAUCAAACAUGAUGGCGUUCCUUAUAUGGGUGAGGUUUGGCCUGGAUCAGUCUACUUCCCUGAUUUUCUUAAAGAAAUAAACAAUGCUGCCGUUCUACGACCGAUUAAUAACAGAACCAUUCCUGCAACAUCUCUACACAAUGGGGGCAUUGUGGAGUAUAAUGCGCAUAAUCUUUACGGCCUAUCAGAAUCCAGAGCCACCAAUGCAGCUCUAAUCAAUGCGACUGGUAAAAGGCCUUUCUUACUUUCACGAUCAACUUUCGUAGGCUCCGGCAAGUACACAGCGCAUUGGACAGGAGACAAUGCUGCCACAUGGGAAGAUUUGGCUUACACCAUUCCAUCGAUUUUGAAUUUUGGGCUGUUUGGUAUUCCAAUGGUUGGUGCUGACAUAUGUGGUUUCUCUAGAAACACAACUGAAGAGCUUUGUCGGCGUUGGAUUCAGCUAGGUGCCUUUUAUCCCUUUGCAAGAGACCACUCUGCAAUAGACUCAACACGGCAAGAGCUUUAUUUGUGGGAUUCUGUUGCAGCAGCAGCCAAGAAGGUGCUUGGUCUCCGGUACCAAUUACUUCCCUACUUCUACACAUUAAUGUACGAGGCACACACGAAAGGGACCCCCAUAGCAAGACCACUUUUCUUCUCAUUCCCUCAAGACAUCAAAACUUAUGAAAUCAACUCGCAAUUUCUAGUUGGUAAAGGUGUGAUGGUAUCACCUGUGUUAAAUUCAGGAGCAGUUUCAGUGGAUGCCUACUUCCCAGAAGGAAAGUGGUUUGACCUUUUUAAUCACUCCAAUUCAGUAAGUUCAGAUUCAGGACAGUACAUCAAACUUGAUGCACCGGCAGAUCAUAUAAACGUUCAUAUUCGCGAAGGAAACAUCUUGGCCUUGCAAGGUGAAGCCAUGACUACGAAAGAAGCUCGAAAAACAGCAUUCCAUCUCUUGGUAGUUCUUAGCAGCAAAGGCAACAGCACAGGGGAGAUUUUCUUAGAUGAUGGGGAGAGUGUGGAGAUGGGAGGGGAGGGAAAGAAUUGGAGCUUAGUGAAGUUUUACGGCGGAAUAGUAGGAAAUACAGCAAGGGUUAGGUCAAUCAUCAUAAAUGGAGAAUAUGCUUUGAGCCAAAAAUGGAUUGUAAGUAAAGUAACAUUCGUAGGUUUAGAAAAGACAAAGGGGUUCAAGUGGUAUGAGCUGCAGACUUCUAAGGAAACAAAGAGUGGAAAUUCAGGUAUAACAGCAAGCUUCAAUAGCAAUGGACAAUCUGAUAUGCUAGAGAUGUCAGGCUUUGCUCUGUCCCUUGGAGAGGAGUUCAAGUUAGAGGUGAAACUAAGCAUUGGAAAGGAAGGGAAAGAAAAAGUGGUUGGCUAUGGCUACAAAGUUGGAUCUGUUAACUCUGGUUCAAGAGCUAAGUCGUUGACUGCUGAUCUUAGCCUUAUCAAGAAGUCCUCAGUUUAUGGAAAUGAUAUCCAACAUCUCAAUCUUUUUGCCAGCUUUGAAACCAAAAACGUUUUGAGAAUCAAAAUAACAGAUUCCAGAAACCAAAGAUGGGAGAUCCCUGAAGACAUCCUUCCCCGCCAAAACUACUCUCCGGAAAACUUCCGACAUUACUCUCCAUUAACGCAUAGAGUCCUGCUAGAAAACAACCUCCUCUCUGACCCCAACUCGGACCUGCUUUUUACCCUGUACAACACCACCCCUUUUGGCUUCUCCAUCACCCGAAAAUCCUCUGGUGAUGUUCUUUUCGACACAUCACCAGACAUGUCCAAUCCUGGCACUUUCUUGGUCUUUAAGGACCAGUAUAUCCAGCUGUCUUCCAAGCUUCCUAUAAAGAGGUCUUCUUUAUAUGGUCUAGGAGAGCACACCAAGAGCACUUUCAAGUUGAAGCCUAAAGACACGUUCACCUUGUGGAAUGCUGACUUGGCCAGUGCUAAUCUUGAUGUCAAUCUUUAUGGAUCCCAUCCUUUCUAUAUUGAUGUCAGAUCACCGUCUGAUGAUGGCAAAGAAUCGGCAGGGACUACUCAUGGUGUCUUGCUUCUUAAUAGUAAUGGCAUGGACAUAGUUUAUGGAGGUGAUAGGAUAACUUAUAACGUUAUUGGCGGCAUUAUUGAUUUGUACAUUUUUGCCGGGCCUUCGCCGGAUAUGGUGAUAGAGCAGUAUACUGAGCUAAUCGGCCGGCCUGCCCCAAUGCCAUAUUGGUCAUUCGGAUUUCAUCAAUGCCGAUACGGUUACAAGAACAUUUCUGAUGUUGAGGGUGUGGUUGCUGGAUAUGCAAAAGCUGGUAUCCCUCUUGAAGUUAUGUGGACAGAUAUUGAUUACAUGGAUGCAUACAAGGACUUCACAUUUCAUCCUGUCAACUUUCCUUUGGAAAAAAUGAAGAAAUUUGUGAACAACCUUCACCAAAAUGGUCAGAAAUAUGUGCUAAUUUUGGAUCCUGGUAUCAGCGUGAACUCGACAUAUGAAACUUACAUCAGAGGAAUGCAGGCUGAUAUUUUCAUUAAACGCAAUGGCAUCCCGUACCUGGGUGAAGUGUGGCCUGGAAAAGUCUAUUUUCCUGAUUUUUUAAAUCCUGCUGGCCGAGAGUUUUGGGGUAAUGAGAUAAAAAUGUUUCGAGAGCUUCUCCCUGUUGAUGGUCUCUGGAUUGACAUGAAUGAGAUAUCGAAUUUCAUAGAUCCCACACCCAACCCGUCUUCUACCCUGGACGAUCCACCGUACAGGAUUAACAAUGCUGGCAUUCGACGGCCUAUCAAUAAUAAAACUAUUCCAGCAACAUCUCUACACUUCGAUACCAUGGAAGAGUACAAUGUUCAUAAUCUCUAUGGCCUUUUGGAAUCAAAAGCCACCAAUGUUGGCCUGAUCAAUUCAACUGGUAAAAGACCAUUCGUACUUUCUAGAUCAACUUUCGUUGGCUCUGGAAGGUGCACAGCACAUUGGACCGGAGAUAAUGCCGCCACCUGGGAUGACUUGGCGUACACUAUUCCAUCAAUUCUGAAUACCGGACUGUUUGGAAUUCCAAUGGUUGGUGCUGACAUAUGUGGUUUCGGAGGAGACACAACUGAGGAGCUGUGCCGGCGUUGGAUUCAGCUAGGUGCCUUUUACCCCUUUGCAAGAGAUCAUUCAUCGUUAGGCACAGCACGUCAAGAGCUUUAUCUCUGGGAUUCUGUUGCAGCAACAGCCAGGAAGGUGCUUGGCCUUCGAUAUCAGUUGCUUCCAUAUUUCUAUACAUUAAUGUAUGAGGCACACACCAAAGGGACCCCGAUAGCGCGGCCUCUUUUCUUCUCUUUCCCUCAAGACAUAAAAACUUAUGAAAUCAACUCACAGUUUCUAAUUGGUAAAGGUGUAAUGGUAUCACCUGCAUUGAAGCCAGGAGCUACUUCAGUCGAUGCAUACCUUCCCGCCGGCAACUGGUUCGAUCUUUUUAACUACUCUAACUCAGUUUCUGCAAGUUCAGGAAAGUACAUCAAACUUGCUGCACCUGCAGAUCAUAUAAAUGUUCAUGUUCACGAAGGGAACAUAUUGGCCUUGCAAGGAGAAGCCAUGACGACCAAAGAAGCUCGCAAAACAGCAUUCCAUCUUCUAGUGGUUCUGAGCAGCAGUGGGAACAGCACAGGGGAAUUAUUCUUGGAUGAUGGGGAGAGUGUCGAGAUGGGAGGGGAUGGAAAGAACUGGAGUUUAGUGAAAUUUUAUAGUGAGGUAGUAGGAGAUGGAGCAAUGGUUAGAUCAAACAUCAUAAAUGGAGAAUUUGCUUUUCGGCAAAAGUGGAUGGUAAGCAAAGUGACAUUCAUAGGGUUGAAAAGGACUAAAGGGAUCAACUGGUACGAGUUGCAGACUCCCAAGGAAACAAAGAGUGGAAGUAGAGGUAUAAGGGCAAGCCUUAACAACAAUGGAGAUUUUGAUGUCUUGGAGAUGCCGGGACUUUCUUUGCUCCUUGGAGAGGAGUUCAAGUUAAGUGUGAAAUUUAGCUUGUAA